AUGGAGGACCUCAUCCCGCUGGUCAACAAACUGCAGGAUGCCUUCAGCUCCAUUGGACAAGCGUGCAACCUCGACCUCCCACAGAUCGCUGUGGUGGGAGGCCAGAGCGCAGGAAAAAGCUCCGUCCUGGAGAACUUUGUGGGCAGGGACUUCUUGCCCCGUGGAUCUGGCAUUGUCACCCGCAGGCCUCUGGUGCUGCAGCUUAUCAGCGCGACUGCAGAAUGGGCCGAGUUUCUUCACUGUAAAGGGAAAAAGUUCACAGACUUUGAUGAGGUCCGCCAAGAAAUCGAGGCCGAAACGGACCGUGUCACAGGAGCCAACAAAGGCAUCUCUCCAGUUCCCAUCAAUCUAAGAGUCUACUCCCCUCACGUCCUGAACCUGACUCUGAUCGAUCUGCCGGGGAUCACUAAGGUCCCAGUGGGAGACCAGCCGGCCGACAUCGAGCAGCAGAUCCGGGACAUGAUCAUGCAGUUCAUCUGCAGAGAGAGCUGCCUCAUUUUAGCCGUGACCCCUGCAAACACUGACCUGGCCAACUCCGAUGCCCUCAAACUAUCCAAGGAUGUAGAUCCACAGGGUAGGAUCCAAAUAAACCUCCUACUUUUUCUGUUGUAA